GGAGGAAGCGCGCAUGCGCAGUGCCGCCCGGCGCAGGCUUUAUAUAGCGGGGGAUCAGCUGACGCGCCGCAUUGCAGACGGGGCUCGGGGGACCAUGGCGCUACGGCUGCUUUGUCUCCUCGGGCUCCUGGCGGCCGCUGUGGCAAGCCCCCUUUUGUGGCAGGAGGAUUGUGUGAAGGGUCCUGAGGUGUGGUGUCGUAGCCUUCGGACAGCGUCACAAUGUGGAGCUGUGAAACACUGUCAGCAGGCUGUUUGGAGCAAGCCUACUGUAAACAGUAUCCCCUGUGACUUGUGUAAAGAGCUUGUAACAGUGGCUGGCAAGGUUUUGAAGGACAAUGGCACAGAGGAUGAGAUCCGCUCCUACUUGGAAAAAACAUGCGAAUUUCUUCCUGACCAAGGCCUUGUCUCUGAGUGCAAAGAAAUCGUGGAUUCUUACCUACCAGUUAUCAUGGAUAUGAUCAAAGAAGAGCUAGAUAAACCUGAAGUAGUAUGCAGUGCCCUUUCGUUGUGCCAAUCCCUUCAGAAGCACCUUGCAGCAAUGAAACUUCAGAAACAGCUCCAGUCCAACAAGAUACCUGAGCUGGACUUCUCUGAACUGGCAUCUCCAUUGAUGGCUAAUGUGCCUCUUCUCCUUUACCCUCAGGACAAAACCAAGCAAGAGUCCAAGGGGACUGGGGACGUAUGCAAAGACUGCAUUCAGCUAGUGACCGAUCUUCAAGAAGCUGUGCGGACAAACUCAUCUUUUGUGAAGUCAUUAGUGGCUCAUGCCAAGGAUGAGUGUGACCGUCUAGGACCUGGAAUGUCUGAUAUGUGCAAGAGUUACAUCUCUGAAUAUUCUGACUUGGCUAUCCAAAUGAUGAUGCACAUGCAACCAAAGGACAUCUGUGCCAUGGUUGGGUUCUGUGCUUCCUUGAAAUCUGUUCCUCUUCAGAAGCUAGUGCCAGCUCAAGUGGUUCAUGAAGUAAAAAUGGAAACUGUGGAGAAAACAUCGGUUCAAGAGAAAACAUUUUCUGUGUGUGAAAUAUGCGAGACCAUGGUGAAGGAAGUGACUGGCCUGUUGGAGAGCAACAAGACAGAGGAGGAGAUUGUACGCGAAAUGGAGGUGGUCUGUUACCUCUUCCCAGCAAGUGUCAAAGAACAAUGCAAAGACUUCAUAGAAGUCUAUGGCCAGGCUGUGAUUGACAUGCUUUUGGAAGCAACAAAUCCUGAAACUGUGUGUGUUCUGCUGAAGUGUUGUGCAACCAACAAGCCUCCUCAGCCAGUUUUAGUGAAACCUGCAGGUGGCUUCUGUGAUGUCUGCAAGAUGGUAGUAGCUUAUGCAGACAAAGAACUAGAGAAGAAUGCCACAACAGCUGAAAUUGAGGCUUUAUUGGAAAAAGUCUGUCACUUCCUACCAGAAUCUGUCAGUGACCAGUGUGUUCAGUUUGUGGACCAAUAUGAACCAGUGGUUGUGCAACUCCUGGCACAGAUGAUGGAUCCCACUUUUGUUUGCACUAAACUAGGAGUCUGUGCAUCAGCUAAACAGCCUCUUCUAGGGGAUGAUGCUUGUGUCUGGGGUCCAGGUUACUGGUGUAAGAACAUGGAGACUGCUGCUCAGUGCAAUGCUGUUGAUCACUGCAAACGUCAUGUGUGGAACUAGAAGAAGUAUUUCCAGUUCUGAAAGUUUGCUGUGACGCCUGAAAACGUGGGCUGAGGCUGGUGGAGAGCUGCACCUCCAACAUCCCUCCUCUGCCUCAUUAACAAUUUGACCUUCAAGUUCCUUUAUUGUAACUUUUCUGUAGCAGUGCUGCUGUUGAAGGAUCAGAUCUUCAUUGUUCACUUAAAGAUAUUUCUGAUUGUACAGUUUAACUCAUUAUGCUCCUAAAAAUAGUCAGUGUUGUAGAUCUUAAUCGGUAGGCUGAAGUGUUUUUAGGUGCUGAGAAUGGCAGAGAAGGUGAAAUGAGACAAGGCUAUUAUCUUUUAAUUAAAGAACAAGACAGUGACUAAAUUUUCAAGUGUCUUUCUGUAGUCAGCAUUUGGAAGAUUACAUGCUUUGCAUUUUUAACAUCUGCCUGGAAUAUUAACUUUCUGUGUAACUGUAGGGGAACUCUAAGGGGUAAUGUUGAGUCCCUGACUCCCUUUGGCUGGAAUUCUCAAAGCUUUACAAAUGUAGGAGGGGACCUUGUGCGCCCAGCAACUUUCAAAGUAACAGGUACAUAAAGUACACUUGCAUUUGAGUGACCACACUUAGGACUUGGGGUGGUGGUGUAGCUAAGGAAACCCUCAGUCAACAUUUGGAUCAUGUCUUUUUUUUCUUUCCUUGGGCCAGUUGGUUGAAACAUGGGUGUUCCACUGUCGGGCCCUGUAGAGACUUGUGGGGUGUGUUGACAUAAUUAGGGAAUGGCUCCCUUUUGUCUUGUAGUGGCUCAAUUCUGCUUAGUCUUGCAGCUUCCUACAUGCAGCCAGCCUGGUGCUAGGGAAGUAGAAAGGGCUGGUUGAUAAAAGAUGAAGGGGGAAAAAAAGGCACUAGGGUCUAUGCUUAUGUCAAAAUGAGUUCAGUAUAAAAGGCAGUAUGCAUGGAAAAUGGCUUUAUUGUAAACUGCCAUUUCUUUCCUUGCUUUGUUUUUCUGUCAUAGCGUAUUUCAGUCCUAAAACUUCAGAGGAGCUAUGAGGUUUGCUAGCAGGUUCCAUUACUGCGAUCCAUUCAAACUGACACUCAUGCUUUUGAAUAGUUUAAAGUGUAACUUUUUUUCCAGAGUUUCCAAGCAGUAAUGGGAAUGCUCUGAGUCACCAUCAGCAGUCUCUGCUGGCUAAUGUACUGUAGUAGGUGCUUGACAGCUUUAUUGGACUACCUGGCAACCCACCUUUACACACAUGCAGUAGAAAGCAUCCCACUAAAAUGGCCCUAGCUUCUACUAUCUGUGGUGCACAGAUUCUCCAUCUUAGAGUUGUGACUCUUCCCAUACUAGAACCUUUUACUGUACAAACUUGGCUAUUGAAGUAGUGGAAAGAUGCCCAGAAAUCCAAGGUUUACAUAAGCCUAGCAAAGUGAGGUCUUGAACUGUCUGCAGUUCCUGAGCACAUCCUCAUGCCUGUGCAUUGCUGAGCGUAGAACAAGAAGCCCAAGUACAGAAGACUGCUACCUGGGGAACAAGUCAGGCCCUUGAGGGUAGGGGAGGGCAGUAAGGAUCAUGCUUCUGUGACUUCCCAUGGACUGUGUAGCCCUUACCAGUAGGAAGUGUGUAAUUCUGGUUUAGUUGACCCCCAAAAUGCAGGCCCCGAAGUAGCUCUGAAAGACCUUUGGAGAGGACACAGUGGGCAGAGGUGGAGCUUUGAAAAUUCCAGUCCCAUUCAGAAAGGUGCCAGCAAUUGCUUCUAACUGUGGUGUCUUGGGUGAGGCAGGAGCUCUAGUAAUAAUGCUUUAGGAACAAGCAAACUAAUUUUCAUGGAGUUUAACUGAAAACCACUCAAUUGCAGCUUUUUGUUACUUGUACAUACUAAAUGUCUGGGCAAUGUUGACAGAUAUCGAUACUGAUUUGUCUUUUCUGUUUGUAUUUGUACAGAACUCUGAACUGCUUGUUGCUUUUAAAAAAAAAAAAUCCCUAAAGAUGUAAAAUCUGAAGCUUUCUGUCUUGGCUGGCUUGUGCGGUGAUUCCAGUGGUGUGUAUCCUAAUUGGGGUAGAUAUGCUAGACAGGCAGUGGGCUCUCUUUAGCAUUGUUGCCCUAGAGGUACAGGUUGUGUUACACCACACCAGGAAGGCCAUGGUCUUCAGUCUUUUAAACUGGAUGGCAUUCUUUAAUGUGGGUUUGUGGGGUGGGGGGUGGAAUUGACCCUUGCUCUUACAGGCUGGCAAAGUUUUAAUUGUCUUGGUUUUUAGCAUUGAAUAACUCCUGUUAGCAGCCUUCAGGGCAAGAUGAAUUGGGGAAGCUGUAUGCUGAUGCAAGGAAAUCUCUUUGGUUUUCUCACUUCCUGUGGAAUGUUGCACCUGACCUGCUUGAGUAAUGUGUGUUGGGGGGGGGGAAAUGUGGUUGCUUUAUAAAGAACAUUGUCUUGAUUUUUUUUUUUGUUGUUUUUUUGCACAAAGGCUUCUUUAAUGAACAAUAAACUUCUGUAAACCAGUAA